CUAGCUAUGUGACGAGUUAUGUAAAGAUGAUGGUAAGCAGCGCUCUAAUAAAUCAACCUAUGGAUGACGAUGAUUUGGAUUUCGAUGACGAAGACAGCGAUAUCUGUAGAUUUUGUAGAUCCGGUGGAUCGCCAGGUCGACCGUUGUUCCAUCCCUGCAAAUGUAUUGGCAGUAUUCGUUACAUACACCAAGAGUGCCUUAUGCAGUGGAUGAGGCACAGCAAGAAGGAAUUUUGCGAAUUAUGCAAACACCCAAUCAAGUUUCAGCCUAUAUACGCAGCUUCGAUGCCUAGCUGGUUACCAGUGAGUGCCCUAUUUAGCGGGAUCAUAACUACCUUCCUUCACGCUAUCAAGCUGUGGUUACAUUACUCCCUAGUCGCUUUAUGCUGGCUCGCCUUCGUCCCUCUCGUAUCGUUCAGAACUUACAAAUGUCUGUUUAGUGGUUCAAUAGCGCCGUUUAUCUCAUUACCGUACGACCCACUCGAAACAAUACUCGCGGACUGUUUCAAAGGGAGUAUAAUAGUGUUGAUAAGUUUCUGUGUGAUAUUAUCACUGGUAUGGUUGAGAGAUCAGAUUGUUAACGGUGGAGGUCCUGACUGGUUAGAGAAUAUUCAGGAGGAUCCUCCUUUAGAGGUAGUUGACGACAGAACCGAUGACAGCGGAAUUGAAGAUAAUGAUGACAACGUGGUUCGACAGUUGGAUUGGGACGAUGAUCCUGCGCAGGCAGGCCAGCAACUAGCCCGAGUUCAUCCUAUAUUGAACCAGAACAAUGAUGACAUUAUCGGACCUAAUAUUAUCGACCGGGCAGCAGAAGAAUUAACAUGGGAAAGAAUGCUAGGAAUGGACGGUUCGUUGGUCUUCAUAGAAUACGUAUUUUGGGUAGCCACCCUCAAUGUCGUGUCCAUCACCCUCUUUGGUUUGAUACCCUAUCUACUGGGCACUGUUGUAGCCAUGGCAGCAGGAGUGGACAAAGAUUUGGAAGUUGUGUUAGUUGGGAGAGGUGCUAUUCUUCUAAUUGGGUACAUGGUAGUAUUCCUCCUGAUGGGAUAUGGACACACUGUAGCCCGGUUUUUCAACUGGACCAGGGUUGAACACGUUUUGGGCAUCGGCUUUAUAAUCGUCAAAGUAGCUUUACUCCUGGCACUAGAGGUAGCGAUAUUUCCGACACUGAGUGGCUGGUGGAUUGACAUAUGUUCUCUGAAGUUGUGUGACAGUACACUAGCCGACAGGAUUAACUACCUCUAUACGGCCCCUGGAACUACCACUUUCCUCCACUGGCUGGUGGGGAUGGUGUUUGUGUUCUACUUCGCUUCCUUUGUUCUUCUCCUCCGACAAGUCAUGAGGCCUGGAGUUCUCUGGUUUCUCAAGAACCUGAACGAUCCUGACUUCCACCCGAUACAAGAGAUGAUAACAUACAGUGUUAUGAAGCACGUACGCCGGUUCGCUAUCAGCUGCGUGGUAUUCGGAGUGAGCAUCCUGCUUAUCGUGUGGGCCCCGCUGACUUGUAUAGGUUUCCUGUUACCCGGGGUUAUACCCUACAGUGUGGAAAUGAGCACUGAGAGCAUCCUGGGAGAGAUUAGUCUCGAACUUCUACUCUUACAAGUGGUGUUACCCCAGCUACUCGAACAGAGCAACUCCCGACAAUGGUUCAAGAACUCCCUGCGAGUCUGGGCUAUCGGGGUUGCCAGGUUACUGGGUAUCAGAUCUUACCUUCUUGGAGAUGUGCCAAAUCAGGGAGAGGAGAGCAGCGAUGGCAAACUUGUUAACAUUGGGGUACCAGGAUACAGUAACAAUAUUGAAGGGUUAGGUAUGGGAGCAGCUCAAACGGGCCCCAACGCUGAACUCUUCGUGCCCUUCCAGCCCUACUACCGACCCAAUCAGUUCAAACGGAGAGUGGCCACUUUAGUGGGGGUCACGUGUAUCAGCAUGUUCCUUCUCUUCGUCUUUAUAUUCUCCGUACCUGUUUCACUUGGACGGUGGAUACUGCAACUAUUCAUGCCGUCCGGACAGCUUCACGAACUUUACACCUUCGCAUGUGGACUCUACACGCUGUGGGCAGCUACUAGGCUCUCUACCCUGCUGUACAACUGGGCUGUCCAGGGCCUUUCUCUCUUCUUCCAAAAGAUGAAGGAGUGGUCGCUGAUAAUGAUAAAGUGUAUCUACUUUGCACUGACAGUGUUCGGUCUGAUCCCGGUCUUGUUUGGUUUGUUGUAUGAGAUGAUUUUACUCCUCCCCAUCAGAGUUCCCCUUCACCACACACCUGUACAUCUCUUGUGGCAAGACUGGGGUUUAGGGGUAUUGUUUGUGAAGAUACUUUAUGCUGGAACUCUUACUGGACCAGACUGGCACUUUAAACGUGUUCUUGAGCAGGUGUUUCAAGCGGGAGUAAUGCAGAUGGACGUAUGGUUUGUGACCACUAAGUUGGUGCUUCCUGUUGUUGUCACCCAACUUCAUCUUCUUUGUAUUCCUUACACUCUCUGCUCCUCUCUCCCUUUCCUCGGUUUCUCAGACGACUUCUCCCACGUUUGUCACAGACGAAUUUACCCUGGAACUGUAGUCGUACUUCUCGGAGUUAUCCUUCUAAAACUGCAACUAAAACAGUUUAAACGUCUUUACAUCAAAAUCAAAAACGAAAAAUACCUUAUCGGAACGCGCCUGGUAAAUUUUGACGCGGAAGCAGUGAGAAGUGCGUUCACUCAAACUGAAACAUGAACAGCGUCAUAAUGGCAGCGCGUGGCAGUUACCAUGGCGACGCAACAUCAGAUAGUAUGUAUCCCCCACCACCUGUAUAGAGGAAAUACCAACGGAACAAAGUGUGAACAGAAGAAGAGUUUGUGUUGAGAUUGAUCAUUAAUAUUAAUACGUUGACAAGGGUUAAUUUAUGUGUGAAAAUAAUAAUUGUUUUUCAACAAAAAUGUAACUUCUUAUAUUUUUCUCCGCUCUGCAUUUCUUAAGAGCGACCUGUGAAUAAUGUUCGUAAUAUCUUGCCAUCACAAGGCUUACCAUGUGAUAAAAAUAAUGAUGCCUUGUCAGAAAUUGGCUUUUGAGCUGGCUUGAUUUUUAUGGCUCUUUUCACCCUAUCGUGAU